UUUUUUUUUUCCUCUGGGAAACAUUCCGAAAGCGCACACACUCUCUUUCCACUCUCAAACCAGGGAAGUUAAUACAAAGGCACAGGAUCAAGGACCAGAAGCGUUAUGAUAUCCUUUACUGUCACAUUGGAUUCCCUCGACAAAGAGCAUAAAGUAUACCAUCUUCGAUUCAAUCAAGAGUGUCCAUUACCGCCAUCAACAUUGUCGGUUGGUUGGAGUAACCUACCCACCGAAUGCCUCGAACUCAUAGUAACGUUUUUGGACCAUGAUUCUGGCUCGCUAGCCACGCUCGCUCGAGUAAAUCGUCAGUGCUUCUUCUUGGUCAUUCCUCGGCUCUACAACGAUGCAUUUCAACGGGUCAGAGAUAUCACGCAACAGAGAAGCAGUAAUAUCAAAUUGUCUUUACAGACUAAUUCGAUUACAGUAGGGUUGCCACCUGCCUUUUGUCUUUGGACUGCAUCUAUGGAUUUACUCUCCUCCGCCACUCAAGAAGACGCCAUCAAGAUUCGUCACCAUUAUGAAAACCACAUGAUCGACUUUAAUAAGAUUGCCUUCUAUGAGCAGCAAACUCGCGAAACACUACUGCUCUGUACUCUGCUCUCCCCGUUAGUUCAAGGUCUCUCCGCACGUUUCCCUGCUCUGUCAAAACACUUUUCGAGUCCUCAGUGGAGAUUCAAUCAUUCUAGUUACCAAGGCUUCCCUCACCCAAUUAGCUGGAGGAGUCAACAUUAUCUUCGCCAUUUAGUUGUACUGGAUCUGGAGAGGCUCUGCACUAGAGGUUCUUCCCGGUUAUCAUUAGGAGAAGCUGCGGCAAUACAGACAGGAAAGACUGGCAUGUUUCCAUUGCGAUUUGCACCUUUUCGAUGGGAAAAAGAGUUAAGGUCGGUCGGGGUCUUGGACUAUCUACAGCGGGCUCUUCUGAAUCAACCGGGUGCAGAUAGGAUACGUUGCCUGAGGAUUCCAAUUCAUCGGAUGCGGACCUAUCAACAGAGACACGAGCGCGCACCGCGAAAGGGCAGGACAAGAUCAAGGACUGGACAGGCAAGGGAAGAAAACGAGGGGCAGACAAAUCGCGAUGAGACUAGCCUUAUUGGCCAUAGUUUAACUUCAGCUGAGCUAUCUAGAACAACAGAGGAAUCUCAAAGACCUUAUUGUUUCACCUUCAAGAAACUAACAAAGCUACGUCGCCUGGAAGUUUGUUACAUGACCAACAACCAAUGUGACUGGGAUACGCUUGAGCGAGUCUUAUCGACGCUCCAGUUCGGAAAUCAUCUGGGCAUCCAUCCGGAUGAAAUUGUGGAAGCAACAGCUGGAGGUGAAGAAGGAAGACCGAAAAAUAACAGCAGCCACCCGCUUCAUCAAAUUCGCGAGUUCUCCCUACAAGCACAGUCUUUACUUGGCGAUCGCUUUGUAAAUAUUUUAAGGUUCUUUGAAAAGCUUGAGGCACUGGAACUGCGGUCUUCACGCUAUGAUCAGCGAGCAUGGAUCUCCCAGUGGGACCCCAAGUUGUGUAGAAACUUAAAGGUGCUUUGGAUGGGGCCUAUGUCACUUAAUAUUGAAAAUGCUGGAUCAUACGAAGCUCUAGGAAGACUGAUAAAUCUGGAGGAACUAAGAUUUUCUAUCGAUAGGCCCAUUGAGUUUCAACAGGUUCUGGAUGCAAAGGUGGCAAUGUCGCGGCGCUUUAAAGAAGAAAAGCUGCGCUCGAGUUCAACUGACCAAGGUGAACAUGGCAAAAGCAGCAGUAUAAUCGAUGACGACUACGAUAGGCGUGUAUCACAUGGCUACCUUCCAAGGCUCAAAAGGCUGGGCUUAUCUAUUCAGCAGAUGGCCCAAAUGGAUAUAGCCAACAGUGUCAUCGCUGCCUUUGGGCACCAGCUUGAGGAAUUUGUCCUGUAUAGUUCAUCUUACCUUGAGCCACCCCAUCGUUUUAACCACAUGUUUCUUCAGCUGACCCGGCUGGCGUUACGAGGCCACUUUGUACGUGAAUUUGAUUUUACGAGCCUAAGUCAACAGUGCCCCUCGUUGGAAAUGCUGGCAUUACAGCAUUCAUGCAACGCAUGGACCGUUGGUCCGUCUCCGAACGAUGGAAACAUGCUAGAUGCGCUGAUACAAUUGAAACGCCUUAGGUGUCUUUAUCUGGAAGGAAUAUGGUUCCUAAAUGAUGAGCAGUUCCUUUAUCUUGCACAGACAUGUCAAUCACUUUGCUUGAUUAGAGUCCACAACUCAGUCAACCUGACGCCGAAGGGCGCUGAGGCGGCUGAUACCAUCCUAUCAAGCCGACCGACCAAAUAUCCACUCAAAUGCAAAGGUGUAUAUCGAUUAGCAAAAACUAUGACGGAAUUUUUUGGCGAUGAAUGUCUAUGGCGUGUUAGGUUCUUUGGUUACGAAGACGACAUUUGAAUUAACUAGGCCGUCUAGUGUCCUAUGUUAUAUGUUUGCCAAAAUAUACUGUAUCCUUGUCAAGAAAAAGAGAAUUCGUUUCCUGGUCAUCAUGC